AUGAAUAAGCAAUCACCGGACCCUCCGGUUCCGACGUUCUCCCCACGGUUCGCGCUUACGUCCGGUUCGCAGCGGAAAGUCGCGAUCGCGGUGGAUCUGAGCGACGAGAGCGCUCACGCGGUGCGGUGGGCCGUGCAGAACUACCUCCGACCGGGGGACGCGGUCAUCCUGCUGCACGUGCGUCCCACGAGCGUCCUGUACGGCGCGGACUGGGGGUCGGUGGAUCUGAGCGUGGCGGAGGAGGGCGGCGCCGGUGGUGAUGAGGAGUCGCGGCGGAAGCUGGAAGAUGAUUUCGACAACUUCACCGCAACCAAGGCGAGCGACUUGGCCCAGCCGCUCGUGGAGGCGCAGAUACCGUUCAAGAUCCACAUUGUGAAGGACCACGACAUGAAGGAGAGGCUGUGUUUGGAAGUGGAGCGCCUCGGGCUCAGCGCCGUCAUCAUGGGAAGCCGCGGCUUCGGCGCGUCCAAGCGAGCCGCCAAAGGAAGGCUCGGAAGUGUCAGCGAUUACUGCGUGCACCAUUGCGUGUGUCCCGUUGUGGUCGUGCGUUACCCCGAGGAGAACGAUAAGGGUAACGGCAACGGUAACGGCGGUGGUGUUCAGGUUGGGGAACAGGUGGAGCUUCCACCUGUGCCUGAGGAGGAGCACGAGGUGUAUCAUGAUGCUUCCGAUGAGCACAGAGGAACUGCUCACAGCAACAAGGCUUAUUGUGUCAAAUGA